GCGAGAGAAUGAGGCACAGGGAGUGAGUUCCGGAGUGGUAUCCUUCCGCCUGCGGGAGCGGUGCUGAGGCCGCGACGCCGCCAUUUUGGAUGCCAGGCUCCUGGUUGUUCCGCCGCUGCCGCCUUUGCCGCCGGGACCCGGCCCGAGGAUGCCAGCCCCCAUCAGACUCCGGGAGCUGAUCCGGACCAUAAGGACCGCACGGACCCAGGCGGAAGAGAGAGAGAUGAUCCAGAAAGAAUGUGCUGCAAUCCGAUCCUCUUUCCGAGAAGAGGACAACACUUACCGCUGCCGGAAUGUUGCCAAGUUGCUGUACAUGCACAUGCUGGGCUACCCUGCACACUUUGGACAGCUGGAGUGCCUCAAACUGAUUGCUUCUCAGAAGUUCACAGACAAGCGCAUUGGAUACCUUGGGGCCAUGCUGCUUCUGGACGAGAGGCAGGACGUCCACCUUCUCAUGACCAAUUGCAUCAAAAAUGACCUUAAUCACAGCACGCAGUAUGUCCAGGGCCUGGCCCUUUGCACCCUGGGCUGCAUGGGCUCCUCGGAAAUGUGCCGCGACUUAGCUGGGGAGGUGGAGAAGCUCCUGAAGACCUCAAACUCCUACCUGAGGAAAAAGGCAGCCCUCUGCGCGGUUCACGUCAUCCGGAAGGUGCCUGAGCUCAUGGAGAUGUUUCUGCCAGCUACAAAGAACCUCCUAAACGAGAAGAAUCAUGGAGUCCUUCACACCUCAGUUGUCCUUCUCACAGAAAUGUGCGAGAGAAGCCCAGACAUGUUGGCUCACUUCAGGAAGAAUGAGAAGCUUGUGCCCCAGCUUGUUCGUAUCCUGAAGAAUCUCAUCAUGUCUGGCUACUCUCCUGAACAUGACGUUUCUGGGAUCAGUGACCCCUUUCUUCAGGUGCGGAUCCUGCGGUUGCUGAGGAUCCUGGGCCGAAAUGAUGAUGACUCAAGUGAAGCAAUGAAUGACAUCCUUGCGCAGGUGGCCACAAACACCGAAACAAGUAAAAACGUAGGCAACGCCAUCCUUUACGAAACAGUCUUAACCAUCAUGGACAUCAAGUCUGAGAGCGGCCUGCGCGUGCUGGCCAUUAACAUUCUAGGGCGGUUCUUACUUAAUAAUGACAAAAAUAUCAGAUACGUCGCUUUGACCUCCCUGCUGAAAACAGUGCAGACAGACCACAAUGCUGUGCAGCGUCACAGGAGCACCAUCGUUGACUGCUUGAAGGACCUGGAUGUCUCCAUCAAGCGGCGGGCCAUGGAGCUCAGCUUUGCCCUGGUGAAUGGCAAUAACAUCCGAGGCAUGAUGAAGGAGCUGCUGUAUUUCUUGGACUCCUGUGAGCCAGAGUUCAAAGCCGAUUGCGCUUCGGGAAUAUUUCUGGCGGCAGAAAAGUAUGCUCCCUCCAAGCGGUGGCACAUAGACACCAUCAUGCGCGUCUUGACGACAGCAGGGAGCUACGUGCGUGACGACGCUGUACCCAACCUCAUCCAGCUCAUCACCAAUAGUGUGGAGAUGCAUGCAUACACUGUACAGAAGCUCUACAAAGCCAUCUUGGGCGACUACUCCCAACAACCACUGGUCCAGGUGGCCUCUUGGUGCAUCGGGGAGUAUGGGGACCUCCUGGUGUCUGGCCAAUGUGAAGAGGAGGAGCCCAUCCAGGUCACGGAGGAUGAGGUCCUAGACGUUUUGGAGGGCGUCCUUGUUUCAAACAUGUCGGUGUCCGUCACACGGGGCUACGCCCUGACAGCCAUCAUGAAGCUCUCAACGCGGUUCACCUGCACGGUCAACCGCAUCAAGAAGGUAGUCUCCAUCUACGGCAGCAGCAUUGAUGUGGAGCUCCAGCAGAGGGCAGUGGAGUACAAUGCCUUGUUCAAGAAGUACGACCACAUGAGGCCAGCCCUCCUGGAGAGGAUGCCUGUGAUGGAGAAAGUGACCACCAACGGGCCCACUGAUGUCACUCAGCCCAACGGGGGGGAGGGGGAACCAACUGUUCUGGAGACUAAGCCGCCCCCCACUGGCCUGCAGCCCGCCAGCCAGGCCAAUGACCUGCUCGACCUGUUGGGCAGCAAUGACAUCUCGCUGGUCAUCCCGACAGCACCCCCCACCAAGCCAGCUUCUGCCGGAGGGGAGCUUCUAGACCUCCUGGGGGACCUCAACCCCACGACAGGUCCUCCAGUCCCAGCCCCACAGAUCUCGCAGCCCCCAUUCCUGUUAGACGGCCUUUCUUCCCCACCCAUUUUCAACGAAAUCGCUGCUGCUGGCAUCCCUCCCAUCACUGCCUACAACAAGAAUGGCCUGAAGAUUGACUUUGCCUUUGAGCGUUCAAACACAAACCCCAGCAUCACCGUGAUCACAAUACAGGCCUCCAACAACACUGAGGUGGACAUGACAGACUUUGUUUUCCAGGCUGCGGUACCAAAGACAUUCCAGCUGCAGCUCCUGUCUCCCAGCAGCAGCGUCAUCCCAGCAUUCAACACAGGGACCAUCACACAAGUCAUCAAAGUCCUGAACCCCCAGAAGCAACAGCUCCGCAUGCGGAUUAAGCUGACCUACAACCACAAGGGCUCGCCGAUGCAGGACCUGGCAGAAGUCAACGCCUUCCCACCCCAGUCCUGGCAGUGAGGGGCUCUGGGCCCGUCCUCACCCACCUCACCGGUCAAGCGCAAGGACGGGCGGGCAGAUGGACAGACAUGAAUGGACAGAAGGAAGGCCGGCUGGGGCACGGGGCAGCAGCGUCGGUGACUCCAGGCGCCUUCCCCCCUUGCACUGGGACCGGAUGAGAGCUCCGACUGCUGCUGCUGUUACUGUGGAGCAGGAGAACUGGGCCUGGUCCCCCUGAAGCAUAUCGCAAGACUCAGCCCUCCCUCCGCUCCCCUUCUCUCCCCACCCACCCCUUGAGCUGUGCUGAGCCACACUUGCCACAGAAGCCCCAUUCAUCUUGUUUUGCCCCCCACCCCAAGCAGCAAGAGAACGGUUGCUGCUCCUCCUCUUCAUAGUCCUCAUCACGGUCAUCUUUACGCCCUUCUCCUCGGUGGGUGAGUGAGCCGGUCCACCUCCUUCCUGGCCAGCGUCCGUCUUCCGGCACUUUCGUCCCUGUUCUUCAUGCUGGAAAUGCCUGAGGGAGGAUGCAGGGGGCCCUCUCCUCCCUGAGGUUUCUGCGCUGGACUGCAUUGCUCCCCGGUGGCCCUUCAAGAGGGACAUUUCUGGGGGGUGGGGGUGCGCAACGGGCAGGGGACUGCAACCAUCCCCCUUCCCCCAAUUGCGUGCUCUCUCUUUCUUUCUGGGGAAGCUGCAGCUCCAGCCCACAGCCUGUCUUUCAUGGGGCUCCUGCCCUGAGUCUUGGAACUGCAUUUGUCUUGUCUUUGGCCGCAGGGAGGGAGGGUGGGGAGGGGGGAUUGGGGAAGAAGUCCAGGCAGGACCCUGAGGGAUGAAGGGGGGUGACCUUGGUCGAGAAUCCUCUUGGACGCCGCAAAGCUGCUUUCUGUCCUUUGCCCACUCUUCAUUUCCUGAGUCUGUCAGAGUCCUGGAUUCCAUUUGAAUUUGUUCUCCUCCUGGGACGUUUGUGUUGUAUCUGUAAUAUUGGCACUGAAAUAAAAGACCAUGCAGUUUAA